AUGAAUCCUAGACUCAAUGGAGAGUGGACCCCCUCCGAGAUCAUGAUGGUAAAAUCACUCAUCCUUAGGCAUAACAACAACAACAACAACAACAACAACGGAUACGAUGACAACACGAACAAGAAGCACUAUGACAUAGUGGAUCAGCUCCAAGCACGGUUCCCUAGGAAGGAGAAAUAUCAGGUAACCGACUUGUAUGUUGAUCUCGUGGUGGAAAUGAUGCAGAGCCAAGAGAAGAGCGGCACCGGCGACGGCUUCUACCGGCCUGUGGCGCCGGCAAGCAGCGACCACGUGAAUGACAACUUCGGGAUGCCGAUGGAGGAUCCAGCCAUGGACAACAUGGAGGUGAUGCUUGGUUCUAUGGCGAUGGAUAGGGGAGCCAUGAAAACAAUGCAUGAGGCGCCGGAGAACCGGGCCCCUCGUCAGCUGGAGAGGCCCUCAGGGAGGUUUUGGUCGACGGAGGAGCACAAGAUGUUCCUCCGCGGCCUGCGCGUGUACGGCCGCGGCGACUGGAAGAACAUCUCCAGGUACUUCGUCAAAACCAGGACGCCGGUGCAGGUCUCCAGCCACGCGCAGAAGUACUUCCGGAGGCAGGCGAGCAACGCUGGGAAGCAGCGCUACAGCAUCAACGACGUAGGCCUCUACGACGCCGAGCCCUGGGCGGCGCAGAACGCCUCCGGCUGGCAUGCUCUCGCCUACGCCGGCGGCGGCUACAACCCGAACGGCGGCUACGGCGCCGGCGGCCAGGCUUCGACCCAGGCCGCCGUCAUGAACAACCUCGCCCAGGUCUGGUCGCCCUUCCUGUACCGCGCCGGUGAGGCGAGCAGCAGCCAGGCGGCCGCCUGGGCUGGUGAUCAGCAGAUGGGGGCUUCUACUGCAGCUCCGGCAAUGGCGGGGGCAGGAAGCCAGACGGCCUGGACUGAUGAUCAGCAGGAAGCUUUUCUUCCCCAGCAGUGGAUGAACAGCAUGUACUAG